CGAAAACAAUAAAAUAUCAAGCUAUCUUCAGGCUAUAGUUGAAAACUGUGAAGAAAAUGAUGAAAACAAAGGUGAAGAAAAUGAUGAAAGCAAAGGUAAAGAAAAUGAUGAAUAUGAAGGUGAAAAAUAUGAAGGUAUAUUUUUAAGAGGUAAGUUGGAUUCUGACGAUGAGCUAUAUGCUGAAAAUGUAACAGAUCAUAAAGUGUUAGAUAUGGAUAUAAUAGAUAUCGAUACAAUGAAUAUCGAUGAAGUAAUGUAA